AUGGUCAAUUCUCAAGAGGAUUUUGAAAUCUUUAUUCAAAAUACACUUCAAAAUGCUAACAGAAUGCUUAACUCUGAUGAUGUAAAUUCAAUUGAAUUACAUAUAGAAAGGCUUGAUCUUUUAUUAGCCAUGUUUACACAAUUUAUUAUUAAUUUUCCCAAUGAUAAUAUUCUGGGAUUUUUACCAGAAAUUAUAAACCUAAAAAGACAACUAGAAACCAAAUAG